UGAUUGGUUAUUUUAAGCAGGGAAGUUUGACGGCGUGGUAGGCAGCCUCGCUCACAUUGGUGUCUUCCGUGCGCUCCUGUUUAGCCUUCCCGCUUCUGCGCAGCACGACCCGGCCACAGCUAUUCAGCCUGCCCCCUGUGUCUAUUUGCCCCCUUGUGAGCAGCAUGUCUGAUUACGGCGCUCUGCCGACUAAUGGAGUCGGCGCUGGGAUGAAAAAAGACGCUUUUGCUGACGCCGUACAACGAGCCAGACAGAUUGCAGCUAAAAUCGGUGGAGACGGAGUUCCCUCAGUGAGCAACAACGGAGGUGCCGAGAGCUACCCAUUCGCAGCGCAGAAAAGAUCCCUGGAAGAAGCAGAUGAACCCGAUGCUAAGAAGGUAGCAUCACAGAGCGAAAUAGAUUCUGCAUUGUCUAUUGGGGCUCAACUGGCUGCCCUAUCGCAACAAAGUGUUAGGUCCUCUACGAUGACAGAAGAGUACAGGGUACCUGAUGGCAUGGUCGGUCUCAUCAUCGGCCGAGGAGGUGAACAGAUUAACAAAAUCCAGCAGGACUCUGGCUGCAAGGUCCAGAUUGCGCAUGACAGUGCCGGUCUUUCAGAAAGAAGUGUCUCCCUGACCGGGUCGCCAGACGCCGUACAGAGAGCCAAGGCACUUAUUGAUGACAUAGUGUCAAGAGGCCACGAGUCGACCAAUGGGCAGGCAGGUUCAAUGCAGGAGAUGAUCAUCCCUGCAGGCAAGGCCGGCCUUAUUAUAGGCAAAGGAGGAGAGACCAUCAAACAGCUACAGGAGCGGGCUGGAGUUAAAAUGAUUCUUAUUCAAGAUGGAUCCCAGCCACCCAACAUCGAUAAACCCCUGCGAAUCAUCGGAGACCCCUACAAAGUGCAGCAAGCGAAGGAGAUGGUUAAUGAGAUUCUACGAGACAGGGAUCACGCAGGUUUUGGAGACCGGAGUGAAUACGGAUCAAGGAUGGGAGGUGGAGGUGGAGGUGGAGGUGGAGGCGGCAUUGAGAUCGCUGUGCCUCGCCACUCUGUGGGAGUCGUAAUUGGCCGAAGUGGAGAGAUGAUCAAGAAGAUUCAGAGCGACGCCGGAGUGAAGAUACAGUUUAAACCAGAUGAUGGUACAGGCCCUGAUAAAAUAGCUCAUAUUAUGGGUCCACCAGACCAGUGUCAGCACGCUGCCUCAAUCAUUACUGACCUACUACAGAGCAUCCGUGCCCGAGAGGAGGGUGGACAGGGGGGCCCCUCAGGUCCCGGUUCAGGGAUGCCACCUGGUGGCCGAGGACGGGGUAGAGGCCAGGGGAACUGGGGUCCUCCAGGAGGAGAGAUGACCUUCUCCAUUCCUGCUCACAAAUGUGGGCUCGUCAUUGGCAGAGGAGGAGAGAAUGUCAAGUCCAUCAACCAACAGACCGGUGCGUUUGUGGAGAUCUCUCGUCAGCCACCGCCAAACGGUGAUCCAAACUUCAAACUGUUCACCAUCCGAGGGUCCCCGCAACAGAUCGACCACGCAAAGCAGCUUAUAGAGGAGAAGAUUGAGGCUCCGUUGUGUCCAGUGGGUGGUAGUCCUGGUCCAGGAGGCCCAGGUGGUCCAAUGGGUCCCUAUAAUCCCAACCCUUAUAAUGCAGGUCCUCCUGGUGGUGCUCCUCAUGGAGCUGCUCCUGGUGGCCCCCAGUUCUGUCCUCAGGGUUGGGGAAAUACUUACCAACAAUGGCAAGCCCCAGGUCCUCAUGACCCCAGUAAGGCAGCAGCGGCAGCAGCAGACCCCAAUGCAGCAUGGGCAGCCUACUAUGCACAGUACUACGGCCAACAACCAGGGGGUGCCAUGGCAGCCCAGGCUCCAGGAGGAGCUGCUGCAGCAGCAGCACCAGGGGACCAGGGUCAGGCACAGGCGUCUGGGGGCCAGCCGGACUACACUAAAGCUUGGGAGGAGUACUACAAGAAGAUGGGCAUGACCCAGCCAGCUGGAGGGGCAGCCGCCGCUCCUGGUGCAGCAACAGCUGCCACGGCAGCAGCGGCCGCAGGUGGAGGAGCUGCAGCUGGAGGUCAGCAGGACUACAGUGCAGCCUGGGCUGAGUACUACAGACAGCAGGCCGCCUACUAUGGACAGGGAGGGCAGGUGCCUGGACAGGCAGCUGCUCCACAGCAGGGACAACAGGCCCAGUAAACAGUCGGCUCAGACUGUCGGAUGGCUGCGAAGGCUCUCUGGACUUGUUUUGUUUUUCUAUCAAGACAUUUCCGUUUUGGCUUUAAUAAGACAAGACCAAGAUUUACUCAUCCACCCAGACAUUUUCUAUUCCAACCUUCUUGUUUGUUUUUUAAAGUCAGAAUUGAAGAAAGGAAAAAAGGGAACACAUUUUGCCCGUACGUUGAACAAAGCACUAAAUAACUACUUUUGGUUACGAUUCAGUUUUCAUCCCUUUUCACCUCACCCACACCUUGUUAUACAUCUGAUACUUUUUUUUUUCUUUUUUUUUAAAGAAAUGUGAAUAAGCAUCUUUUGCUUGAAAGCUAGCACAACAGGAUCUCAACACUGACUGACGUUUAAGUAGUUUUUCCACCAUCAGUUUCCUGAGGGUAAAAAAAAAAAA